AUGCAAGCAACUUGCAAAUAUGGAAAAACAAUUAAACUUAAACGAGCUUAUGAUGAAACUUAUUUUAAAAAUCAUACUGAUAGUAGUGGUUGCAAGCUUCAAAAUGGAUUAUACUUGCAAGUCUUAGUCCACAAGCAAAAUUUAGCUGGACGUGCUAUUCAAAAUAUUAGAUUACAUCAUGCAUAUUCACCUUAUGCUCUUUAUGAUCCUGAGUUAUGUUUUGAAAAUAUAGCAUUAGUUAAAAGACUUGUAAAUACAAUCGAGUAUGCAGGACCAAUUAUUGCAAUGUCGGACAAUACUAAGAUCAAGGAAAGACUUGGAUUUUCUUCUAUUUUUGGUUGUAUUGUUGGUUCAAUGCUUUUAACAGAAUCAACGAGGGUUUUUAUAUAUGAAGAUGUGCAUCAAAUUGUAGACAUGAUUAAAUCUCGUAAUGCUAUCGCUUCUCAAGUACAUGUUUACUUAUUGUAG